GUGUAGGAUAACCGAACCAUCAGCAGGAACAUCACCUCAUAAACAGCCAAAGAAUACAUCUCAUUGAGUCACUGCUUUCUCCAGCAUACUGAAGCACUGAUUAAUUCAAGUGUACCUUCAUUGGCUGGAUGAGAGAAGAGACAUUCGUGACUGAAAAGAAGAGUCCAUCCUUAUCAUUUGUAUUGAUUGAGCUGCACAAAGUGAACAAAAAAGGAUUUAAAACAACAACAACAACAAAAAAUGGCUUACCUCCUUUCAGUGCGUGACGAUCUCAGGAUAAUGCUUCUUGGCCACAGCGGUGUUGGAAAAAGUGCAACAGCCAAUGUAAUCUUAGGAAAAGAAAUGUUCAAAGAAACUGAAACUAUCCAGUGUGAGAUACAGAGAGGGAGAGUGGAGGGAAGAAACAUCUCAGUGAUUGACACUCCAGGAAUCAACAACACUUCUCUCACUACAGAACAGUGGAGGACUGAGUUGAAGAAGGGUUUGUUGCUUUCUUCUCCUGGUCCUCAUGUGUUCCUGCUGGUGACCAAAGUGGGAAAAUUCUCAGAAGAAGAGCGAAUUGCUGUGAAGUGGAUUGCCGAGAACUUUGGUGAAGCAGCUCUGAAGUUCAGCAUGAUACUGUUCACAGGAAGAGAAGAAAUGACCAACAGACAGUGGGUGAAAUUUUCCAAAGAUGCCAGGGUAAAGGAUCUGAUCAGCUGCUGUGAAGGUAGAUAUUGUGUGAUAAACAGCAAGAGAGAGGCUAAUCCUACUCAGAUCAUUAAACUGCUUGAGGAGAUCGAGGCCAUUGUCCAACGAAAUGGAGAUCAGUUCUACACUCAAGAGCUGUACGAAGCAGUUGAUAGAAUGAGAACAACAGAAGCCAUUCUGAAGAAAGAGGAAAUGAGAAAGGGACAUGAGAGCAAACCAAAACCAAGCCAUGGCGCAUGUCUGGAGGUGCAGAAAGAUGAUGCUGUUACUGGGGUUAAGGUAAAAUGUGGAAAUGAGGUACCUCCUAAGAAACAAGAAGAGUCAGUGAAGUCACUUCCUGAGAGGAAAGGAGAGAUGGAAGCUAAGUUUGUGAAACAAAAUAUCAGGAGACAGGAGGAGACACGGAGAGAGAGGGAAAGGAAGAAAUGGGAGCAGGAGAAAGCAGCUACAGAGGGUAGAAAACCUGAUUCAGUGUGUGAUGUGAGGAUUGUGCUACUGGGAGGUGUUGGAGCAGGAAAAAGCUCAUCAGGAAACACUAUCCUGGGCAGAGAGGCAUUUGGGAAAGACCUCAUCCCAGUUACCACAAUGUGCAAGAGGCAGGAUGGAAUGGUGGGAAAUAAAUCCAUCACUGUGAUCGACACUAAGGCUUACACUAAUCAUUCCUCUCAGCAUUGCUUUUCAAUUUACUGUGAAGAGUUGGAGCAAUGUUUUUCCUUGUGUAAACCUGGCCCUCAUGUGUUUGUGCUUGUUGUACCAUCUCCUAAUACCUUCUCUUUCCCUGUUCAAUUACUAUAUGAAAGAUUUGGCCCAGAAGUUUUGAAACGCACUUUAGUCCUCGUCACCCGCGGAGACUCUUGGGGAAGAGACCACAAGGAGGUUUUAAACAACAGCUCAGCUCUCCAGCAGCUCAUCCAGAACUGUGGAGAAGAUUAUCAGAUUUUCAACAACCAAGAGAAAGAAGACCGAACUCAGGUCACAGAACUGCUGGACAAGAUUGAGAUCUUGAUUGAGAAGAAUGGACAGGGGCACUGUACCACCGAGAUGUACCAGAGAAAGGGGCAGGAGACAAGCAGUUGUACACUAAUACUGGGCAGAUUCACAGAGGAAGAGAAGAAUGCAGUGAAGUGGAUUCAGGAGAACUUUGGAGAAGAUGCCUCACUCUACACCAUCAUUCUGUUCACUCAUGCUGAUCAGAUUGGAAAGAGGACACUGGAGGAGUUUUUGGCAGACAGCACUGACCUGAGGAGACUUCUUAACACCUGUGGAAAUCGCUAUCACGCAUUUAACAACAACGACCCCAAGCCUUCACAGGUCGAGAAUCUGAUGCAGAAGAUAGAUGACAUGGUUUUAAUGAAUACAGGGAUGUACUACACCAAUGAUAUGUAUGAGGCGGCUCAAAGAAUGCGUGACGAUCUCAGGAUAAUGCUUCUUGGCCACAGCGGUGUUGGAAAAAGUGCAACAGCCAAUGUAAUCUUGGGAAAAGAAACAUUCAAAGAAACUGAAACUAUCCAGUGUGAGAUACAGAGAGGGAGAGUGGAGGGAAGAAACAUCUCAGUGAUUGACACUCCAGGAAUCAACAACACUUCUCUCACUACAGAACAGUGGAGGACUGAGUUGAAGAAGGGCUUGUUGCUUUCUUCUCCUGGUCCUCAUGUGUUCCUGCUGGUGACCAAAGUGGGAAAAUUCUCAGAAGAGAGAAUUGCUGUGAAGUGGAUUGCCGAGAACUUUGGAGAAGAAGCUCUGAAGUUCAGCAUGAUACUGUUCACAGGAAGAGAAGAAAUGACCAACAGACAGUGGGUGAAAUUUUCCAAAGAUGCCAGGGUAAAGGAUCUGAUCAGCUGCUGUGAAGGUAGAUAUUGUGUGAUAAACAGCAAGAGAGAGGCUAAUCCUACUCAGAUCAUUAAACUGCUUGAGGAGAUCGAGGCCAUUGUCCAACGAAAUGGAGAUCAGUUCUACACUCAAGAGCUGUACGAAGCAGUUGAUAGAAUGAGAACAACAGAAGCCAUUCUGAAGAAAGAGGAAAUGAGAAAGGGACAUGAGAGCAAACCAAAUCCAAACCAUGACGCAUGUCUGGAGGUGCAGAAAGAGGAUGCUGAUACUGGAGUUAAGGUAAAAUGUGGAAAUGAGGUACCUCCUAAAAAACAAGAAGAGUCAGUGAAGUCACUUCCUGAGAGGAAAGGAGAGAUGGAAGCUAAGUUUGUGAAACAAAAUAUCAGGAGACAGGAGGAGACACAGAGAGAGACAGAAAAGAAGAAAUGGGAACAGGAGAAAGGAGGUCCAGGGGGUAGAAAACCUGAUUCAGUGUGUGAUGUGAGGAUUGUGCUACUGGGAGGUGUUGGAGCAGGAAAAAGCUCAUCAGGAAACACUAUCCUGGGCAGAGAGGCAUUUGGGAAAGACCUCAUCCCAGUUACCACAAUGUGCAAGAGGCAGGAUGGAAUGGUGGGAAAUAAAUCCAUCACUGUGAUCGACACUAAGGCUUACAAUAAUCGUUCCUCUCAGCGUUGCUUUUCAAAGUACUGUGAAGAGUUGGAGCAAUGUUUUUCCUUGUGUAAACCUGGCCCUCAUGUGUUUGUGCUUGUUGUACCAUCUCCUAAUACCGUCUCCUUCCCUGUUCAAUUACUAUAUGAAAGAUUUGGCCCAGAAGUUUUGAAACGCACUUUAGUCCUCGUCACCCGCGGAGACUCUUGGGGAAGAGACCACGAGGUGGUUUUAAACAACAGCUCAGCUCUCCAGCAGCUCAUCCAGAACUGUGGAGAAGAUUAUCAGAUUUUCAACAACCAAGAGAAAGAAGACCGAACUCAGGUCACAGAACUGCUGGACAAGAUUGAGAUCUUGAUUGAGAAGAACGGACAGGGGCACUGUACCACCGAGAUGUACCAGAGAAGGGGGCAAAAGACAAGCAACUGUUCCCUAAUAUGAAUAUUUUAAAGUCUUCAUUGCGAAAUGCAUCAUUACUGGGUGACAAAAGUUUUUUUAAAAUAUUGUAGUGUGUGGUGAUGUCAUAUGUGAUUUAUUCUGUAUACAUACAGUAUAUUAUUAUGCAAAUGUACAAUAUAUGUAUUAUCUCACUAUCCACUGUCACCCAGAACAGGAUGGGUUCCCUUUUGAGUUAGGCUCCUCUCAAGCUUUCUUCCUCAUGGUUUUCAUCACCACUGUCACCUCUACAUCUACAUGUAUGGUACAGGCGGAAAAACACCAUACUUUACCCUGAACAGAGACACAUGGGGGUUUAAAUAUACAAACCAAGGGACACUCCCCCUCCCACAUACCAAAGCUCCCCCUCCUGGUAAUCCUGGCCCUCUGGGCAAAAUGUGCACAUAGCCCUCAAAGUCCCAAGGCAGGCAUUGUCCAUAGAUCUGAAGAGCAAACAUGAGGCUGAGGCAGGCUGGUCGAGGCCGUGAGGGGGGAACAAGACUUUGGAGAUCACACCAUCAGCCUUAGGCAUGAGCUGGGAGGCCUUGUAAUCAGCCUCAUGUCAUGAGAGACCAUUUUAUCAGCCUUAGGCAGGAGCAGAGCUUGGUAGGUCAUUUUGACGAGCUCUAGCUUGAGCAUGGCAUGUGAGGCCACACCAUCAGCCUUUGGCA